GGAAACAAACAGCAAUAGAGAACUCGACAGAUGCGCUUGAUGCAUGUACAGAAUCAUAGCUUGACCGAAAAGGAGAGUGGAGGAAGGCGACAGGCUGAGAGUCUGCAGCUGGGAGCUACAGCAAUGGAACCAGCGGCUAUGUGUGCGCACACAGGUGCCACAGGCCCGGCACCCAGAGCUCUGUCUCUGCAGCCUCUCUGCUCAGCACAAGAGGCAGCUUGCUGAACCUGCAGCCGCGGCAGAGCGUGGGUAUUUUCAGCCACAGACACCGGAGGAAGAGCCAAAGGAAAGGGCGCGAAGGGGGAAGCAUGGAGUGGCAGGGGAUUAGGGCAAAACCCACAGCCUCAUCUCGGAACUCCUCGGGUGAGAACCUGUACUCGGCUGCUUUGCUCCUCCCUUCCCUUCCCAACUCACGGUGAUCAUCUUCGUCUCCCCUCCGCAUCCCUGCCCCCCUCCCCUCCCGGCUUUCUUUGCUCUCCCUCCUUGCCGCGUGCCUGCUCCCCUCCCCCUCGCCUGGCUGCUCUGGGCAGCAGCAGCCUCAGCAGCCCCGGAGAUGGGCAGAGAGCGCGCGGGGCGCUGCAGCUCUAGAGCAGCCGCUCUCCCCGCCCCCGGUGCCCUGCGCCCCCGCCACCGCUCUCGCCGCCUGGCUGUCCCCCGACUCCAGCUCUGCUUCUAGGACAGCGCCGCCACCGCCACAAGCCCUCGUCCCGCCCGCGCUGCGCUACCCUCACGUGCCCUGGAUGGCGCUUUCCCUUGUCGGGAUGGAAUCGGAUUCCUGAUGCCAUGGCUUUGUGACCUGGUCCAGCACUUUCCCCACCCUACCCUGGAGGACAAAGAGGCAGAGGUUUAGGAUGUGACAAUUCAAGUAUCUGGUAACUCACUGGAGUAGCUCAACACCUGUCUCUGCUUCCCAUGCUCUUCUCUACAGUAAAAAAUUAUGACAUCAACAUCCAAAGGCAUUCUUCGUCCAUUUCUAAUCGUCUGCAUCAUUCUGGCCUGCUUUAUGGCGUGUCUGCUUAUUUACAUCAAGCCGACCAACAGCUGGGUCUUCAGUCCAAUGGAAUCUGCCAGUACUGUCCUGAAAAUGAAAAAUUUCUUCUCCACAAAAUCUGAUUAUUUUAACGAAACCACUAUUCUGGUUUGGGUGUGGCCCUUUGGGCAGACCUUUGACCUUACAUCGUGCCAAGCGAUGUUCAACAUCCACGGAUGCCAUCUCACGACAGACCGCUCACUGUACAACAAAUCCCACGCGGUCCUGAUACACCACAGAGACAUCAGCUGGGAUCUGACCAAUUUACCUCAGCAGGCGAGGCCACCCUUUCAGAAAUGGAUUUGGAUGAAUUUAGAGUCACCCACUCACACUCCCCAGAAGAGUGGGAUUGAGCACUUGUUCAACCUGACACUAACUUAUCGCCGUGAUUCUGAUAUCCAAGUGCCUUAUGGCUUCUUGACGGUGAGCACAAAUCCCUUUGUGUUUGAAGUGCCAAACAAAGAGAAACUGGUGUGCUGGGUUGUGAGUAACUGGAACCCUGAGCAUGCCAGGGUCAAGUAUUAUAACGAGCUCAGCAAGAGUAUUGAAAUCCAUACCUAUGGGCAAGCAUUUGGAGAAUACGUGAAUGACAAGAACUUGAUUCCCACUAUAUCUACUUGUAAAUUUUAUCUUUCUUUUGAAAAUUCAAUUCACAAAGAUUACAUCACAGAAAAGCUUUACAAUGCAUUUUUGGCUGGCUCAGUACCCGUUGUCCUGGGACCAUCUAGGGAAAACUAUGAGAAUUACAUUCCAGCUGAUUCGUUCAUUCAUGUGGAAGAUUAUAACUCUCCCAGUGAGCUGGCAAAAUAUCUAAAGGAAGUUGACAAAAACAAUAAGUUGUACCUUAGUUACUUUAACUGGAGGAAGGAUUUCACUGUCAACCUCCCACGAUUCUGGGAAUCACAUGCAUGCCUGGCUUGUGAUCAUGUAAAAAGGCAUCAAGAAUAUAAGUCCGUUGGUAAUUUAGAGAAAUGGUUUUGGAAUUAAAGUUUUAAUAAUUUUCACAUUUAGUGAAAUAUAUGAAUGUGACACCAUUCAACUUCUGAUGAUAAGAAGAGAAACACUUUGCUUUAAUGUCACAGAUUAUUUUUUCCACCCUCCAUUGAGUAACAUGUAUAUUUUGAUGGAAAUUUUUAAAAGCUCAGAAUAAGCGAUCACUCCCUUUGGUUUUAAAUUAUCCUGUAUAUAUGUGAUAAUGAGCACUGGAAAUAAUUUAUUCUUUCUUCUCAUUUGUAAAACAUUCUUUUGCACAUUUUAUAGUUGCCUGUAAAGUAAGGUUAUGAUUCAAUUGUUUCUACACCAACCCGAUCUAUAAUCUGUUUGGGAAAUGGAAAUGCAUACUCUAAAAUUUGAAAGAUUUUUACCAAGAAUUAUAAUGUCUAGAUUCUAGCUAGCAUAAUGUUAACAAAGAAGGAUUAGAGUAUCACUUAAUUUUUAACCUCUUCAACUUCAGAGUUGAACACUGUGUAUAACUGAUGUCAUUUUUACCUGUUUACCACAUUUGUGAAGAUGGACUUAUUCAUGUAGUAAAUAAGAAAGAUAUGAAGCAGAAAUGUUAUUAGACUUUACAUUCAUUUUCAUUAAGUUGUUUUGCAAAUGCAGACUCUCAAUAUCUUAAAAUAUCCAACAAUUUUGAGACAUACAAUUUAUGUGAUAUUUUUAAUGCCUAAAAACAGCUAGGAGAAGUUUUGGUUGUCCCCUUUCGAAUCCUUAACAUUGCCAUUUUUGCAAAAAUAAACAAUUUCCUCAUAAAACAAGUAAAAUGGUAUCUGCAAUACAGAUAAAAUGCAUAAAUUGUGCCAUUUAUAUAAUUUUAAUUACUUUGUUCAUUUGAAAUAGCUUCCAAAGCAUCAAUAUUUACAAGUUUUAUUUUUCCAUAUUUUGUAAUAAAUGCA